GCCCGCUCGAAAACGAGUCGAGGAACCCUGUGUGGUGGUUUUCGCAUAGCAAACAAACAUGGACGACCACGCACGGCGGGCAGCGGAGUUUACGUCUAUUUGUCGGGGACACAGUGCGCUUCGCCGAGACUGAAACGUUCGUCCGAACGCACGUCAAGGGACGUCCCUACGUCGCCGACGAAUGUGGCCCGGUUUCCGCGGCGGUCAGCGUCGCUUAGGCCUAGCAGCGGGGCGAAAUGGCCGCUGCUACGUUCACGCCGAACUCGGACCGACGCAGUUUUCCGCUUUCAUGAGGGAGCGGUGGGCAUAGCGGAUGGCGGCUCCGCAGCAGGGCAGAGGCGCGCCGCCGGGGAGUGCGGCCGCCUCCGGGGCCCGUCCCGAUGUGGUGGGCCUCAACCCCUGCCUCACCUGCAAACUCUGCAAGGGGUACCUGGUGGACGCCAUGACGCUCGUCAAGUGUCUGCACUCCUUUUGCAGGUCCUGCAUUUUGAAGCACCUCGAAACUGGCCACGCCUGUCCUGUCUGUGAUCUGCGGCUCUCCAAGAUCAACAUGGAGAGCCAUCUUAUAAAGGACGACACCUUACAGAAUGUCGUGUACAAGGCUGUGCCAGGACUUUAUCAAAAGGAAAUGAAGCGGCGACGAGACUUCUAUGCCACCAAGGGCAGCAAAGCGGACCAAGCAUCGUUAAGUCCCGAACAAAAGGGAGAACUGGACAGCUCGAGCUCUGGUCGCAUCAUCUUCAGUCCCGAUGAAGCGGUCAGCCUCUCCUUGGAAUACAAGCCCAUUGUUGACGUUAAGACGGAGCCCGAGGCAUCUUCAGCUGGACCGAGCAGCCAAGCAUUUAAGGAGCCCACGAAACGUUACCUCAAUUGCCCGGCCGCUGUGACGAUCGCCUUGCUCCAGAAGUUCCUCCGAAUGAAGUACAGCAUCAGCGCGAGAUACAAGGUGGACAUCCUUUACAUGGACGAUGUUCUCUGGAGUCACUACAUGCUUAUGGACGUUGCCUACAUCUACUCUUGGAAAAGGGACAUGCCGCUGCGACUGUUCUACCGCGUGUUUGAGAGUGCACCGAAGCCACCAGCGCCUGCUCGCAUCGACGGUUCGAGUGCCUACGUCGGCGCCGAGUCUGGCGCAACGUACGGCCCAGCAGAGUGGCGGCAUUUCAUCGUGCAUCGCGCCCGGCAUCGAUGCGCGAGGACCAACGUUGAGCAAGAGGUGACGUUUCUCACACUUGGCUUUGCUGCGAGCAUUACACAAGAAAGCAGGGGUUGCAAGAAGGAACCCACUAUGCCCGAUGUAGCUGUGAAACCAGUUGAACGUGUGCCACCUGUUGCCCAGUCGCCCCUGUUGAAGCCUACCACUGAAGUGAGCGGCACGAGCAUCACAGAUACGAAAGUACAAAGCAAGAUCGACAGCUCCCCUCCCACGAGAACCACGAACCCUGCAUCCGUGGCGGGUGCUAGUGUAGAGAGUAAACCAAUGAAGACCGCGGCGACGACAAUGACAACGCCCAGUGUUGCCGCCGUGCAAGCGUGUAGUGUUCAGCAAAAAGUACCUGACGUCCCGGAAAAAUCCGUAAGCAAAGCAUCUACCACUGCAAUGACGGCCCCGGCUUCUUCGACUACAAAAGGACCAAGCGCAGCUGGGGCCAGGAAUGCAAUUGCCGCAACGGCGGGCUCGGCUCCUCCCACCAAACCUGAGAUCGCUGCUGUGCCCAAGGAAUCGGCAGCUUUGAGCAAAGAGGCCAAGGCCAUCACACCAGACGAGCCCUCGUCACACCCACCGGCGAAAGUGCCUGCAAGCUCCACAAUGAGCACAGCCAUUCAGAACGUCAACAGCCAGAACGCAACACCGCACGCUGGCACUGCGGCUCCAUCGGCACAUCAAGGGGCUGGCUGCAAACCACUUCGCGUAUGUGAACCUACAUUGAUGUUUAAAGCGAAUCCCGACUGUGGCUCGAGUGCUAGGACGGCAGGGUUUGUAAUGAAGUAUCAGCCCAAGGUCGUAACUCCCUCAUUGAAUGGCAUCGACAAAGGGCUUGCAGACUGUUUGGUGAAGAGUGCAAUACAUACAAGCGAUGUCGCAUGUGACCAGGUAAUGAAGACAGACACCGUAGUUGAGGACGUAGGCGCCCUCUCAACGAGCAACACCUUAGCAAAGUCUCCACCGCCAUCAUCGGAGGGCAAGAGCACUGAAGAGAAGACGCCUGAGACGAAAGAGCUGCAGACGUGUAUCAGCCGUGCGACACUCAAGGCGGAAGAGAAGAUGAACGCAAUGAAAGCAGCCGCCGCUCAGGUGAAGGAAAGCGGUCCAUCUGAGAAGGACACCACGGAAUCGUCCCCGGGGGGCCUCUCGGUCACGCUGAGGCCAAACAGGAUUUCGGCGAGAAGCCAUAGCGAUGACUCUGCGGACAAGCGUCCGCGAAAGACCAGUCAGGGCGACUCGUCGCCGAAAAGCGAACCACCCACUUCGAAACCUCCAUGCCGUUCCGCCACGCCGCCAUUGCCUGUGAUCCCUUCGUACCUCACUCUCAGCAAGUCGCAUCCGUCACUCUUUCACGCGUCACCGCGCAAGCGAGGCCGACCCAAGCUAGCCACCGUCAACAGCCUGAACGAAGAGAUCGAGCGUGCUCACAUGAUGGCUCGUGGCGAGAUGGCAGCGGCCACCGAGAAGCCCGUGCCUCGUGUUGAGACGACCAUAGAGAAGCCCAAGCCAGUGAUUCCGGUGAUCACGAGCCUCAAGAUCAAGCCCAUUCCUCCCCCGCCUCCUCCGCAGCAGCCUGAUGCGCUGUUGUCACCGACUGCACCGGACGUGCCAAAAGAUCCCCAGCUGCGGCCGCGCUCCAAGAGCCAGGGAGACGUCUCCGAAGAAAAGUCAUCGGACACAGAAGACUCCGUCGGGCGACGCAAGAGCAAGCGCAGGCGUCCACCCACGGAGCAUCUCAAGAAGAUGGUGACUCAAUUGAAUGAACUGAGUUUGGAGAAGGUACAGGCGGCGACGCAGGAGCCUCUUCAGAGCCUUUCAGGCAAGGGCACACCCAAACUCGAACAGGGGCCGGAGAAGAUCACGCUGCGAGUGACUCGCGACGAGAAGUGCAUCCUGAAGGUGGAGAAGCAGCUGCGUCCCGCUGUUGUCUCUGAGACACUCCAUGACUCGGGCUUUUGCGAGGACGUCAUCGCAGACUCGCUUGCUUCCUCACCCGUUCCCCCCAAACUGAAGAGCGAGUCCGUUGCGGCUGCCAGGACCACGCAGCACACACCGGCGCGCGUCGUGUCGAGCACCACUAGCAAGGGGCUCGAACAAAUCGGUGCCACGCGUCACCUGCAGCACGGGACGAAGAGAGACAUGCGGAAGAGCAAGAGAAAGUCUGUCGAAGAUUGGGUCAACGAGCAGAGCAAGUGGGUCCGCACGCAUGAAGCUGAAGCCGUUAGGCAGCAAGACAUUGUUCCACCUCACGCAAAGCCAGAUAAAAGUUGCAAGGAUUCUCCGUCGGUUCCCCUUGCGUCAUCGGAGUCUAAGGAAACGUCGGCCAAGGGACGAAGGGGCCGUAAGCGGACGAAUCCUGUUAAGAUCACCAAGCCAGCAUCUGCGGUCGACACUCAACAGGACAAGUCUGCAAGCGGCUCCGCCCGCGUCCCAAGCUCCUCCGCCGAAGCUGUCACCCCGUCUCAGGUGUUGCAUGCAGCCGAAAAGGAAUCUGGAGCAGGAAGCGGGGCAUAAGGGAGCCACCAUCCGGAGCACCCGAAGAAGUCUCCGGAACUCGUAAUACCGCGGUACAUUCCCAACGCGGCCACCAGCGUGCCGCUCACGGUCACGCAUGCCCGGAACAAGCGUUUGCGGGAGUCGAGGCAGGAAGCAUCGGGUGCGUCCUGUCUGGACCUCACGUCGUCCCCUUCCGGACGAGGCGCAUCGACUGAGUCGCCCGAAAAGGAUUCCGAAAAGAGCAAGUUCUUCAAGGAAGCACUGAAUCUUUCGAUGAAAGAAGCAGAGACGCCCACUGCCACUGCUUCUUGCAAGGACGCCUGCGUGUCGAGCGCAUCAUGCCCGAACCAUUCCGAAGAUACCGGAGGACAAAACGGUCACAAAUCUCUCGAGCAAACACCACCGAAUCACGGAACUGCAUCGCAGUUGAGCAUCAUUCAUCAGGUUGUCGAGAAGAUCGCGUCUCGAAACUCUUGUAAAUUGCCGAAAAGUCAGCAAGACAUCGACAAAACUCCGGCAGCUACUAAAGAAGAGAAACAAACCAACUGUGGUACUGGAAAGAAAUGCAAUCCACGAGAAGAUGCGUCUUGCUCCUCGUCGAGCCCUUUCUCAGGCCAACCAGCCUCUUUAGGUGACAGGCAUGUUAGUGACAGAUCUAGCAAACAUGACACGCUCGCGUCGUCUCCGGGCACGGUCGUCGGAGCGAAGGCAGGUUCAAACACCAUCGCAGGUGCAGAGGCGCAGCCAUCUGAGCAGUCUCCGAAGUCUGCGCAAGCCUUCGACAGCACCAUGCAGGGCAGUGCCGUCGGGUCGGAGAUUUUGCCACGGAUAAAUGAGACCGGCGUCUUUCGUCUCGAGUUCCCAGCCGCUGAACUUUCGGUGCCAUCCGAGACGAAAAGAUCCAAGGAGGAAUGUUCUGCCGCCACUCCGUCGAGCGACUCUCCUGAACAACAUCAGAGUCGCGUUGGCUCAUCGCUCGUCGGGAAGGAAAUGUCCGAGAGCCUUCGGAACAUUGUGCUCAUACAGGAGAGCAUGAUGGAGCUUCGACAGGGGUCGUCGCGUGUGGAGCUCUCACGGCUUGGUCGAGGCCCGAGCGAAAGACAUCUUGGCGGCCGAGAAGUCGUCCCGAACAAACAACUUUCGCCACAGUUUCCCAACUUGCUGUUCCCAGCAGGCGAUGUGAAGUGUGCGCGAGAGAUUGGCGUCGUGGUGCCACCUGGUGCCGCCUGUCUGAGCGAAGUCUUCUCUGGGAGCUCUAAACCUUGCAUACGAUCAAAAUCGGCUGAACUGAUAGUGAAGUCGCCACCAGAAAACCGCUUGUCACCUAUCUUUGGGAAUGUGCCCAUUCUGAAAAUUCCUGGCAUGGUGGAACGAGAAAGCUUUGAUCCCUCAAAGUUGCAGAGUAGCCACGUGAGGAGUAUGCGAAGUCCGGUCAGAUCUCCACUCGGAUUGGAAGUCAAAAGCCCGAGUCCGACGGCUCAUGUCGGUAUUGGCAGCUGUGCCAUGCCGAAUAAACCGAGCCCUGCGAAAUCACCUGUGGCAACGGAAGUCAAAAGCCUGAAUCCGGCGGCCCACACGCCAGCAGGUCUCUGUGGUGUCUCUACCGUGCAACGGGCCCCAAGGCCUGCCAGGUCGCCAGUGUCAGCGGAUGUAAAUACAACUGGCCACUGCACUUCUGGCAGUCCUAUGAGGAAUACAGACACAAAAGUCGGCAAACCUCAGCAAGAGAGGGGCUUGUGGCGGCCCAUCGACAUCUGCACAUCGCGGCAACUAACGGAAGCCGCCCUUCAAAAGAUAGCAGCCAACAAGAGCAUAUCCAUCGGUCAAGUGAAGGACAGGAGGCCGCAGGUGCUGUGUAGAAACCGGCAGGGAGUUGCCCCGGACGGCGCACAGGAAGCUACUGUUCAUCAAGGUAAUCAGGUCACGCGUGUCUCGCAGCCUGUUGAAAGCUUGAGCAUUUCCCGACAGUCGAGCCUCGGCAACCGUCAGCAGGCAGAUUUCCUCGUCAAAGAAGCACUGCCAUCGCCGCACUGCCUGGACGCAAACGUCGUCGACAAGUUCCAUGGCUGCAGCACCCUGUUAAUACGCGCACAUCCCGAGUUGUCCGUAACUUCACGGAGUGAGUUUAAAAGUGGAAUUCACAUCCCCUCUUCUCCGAGCACCUACGUGAGCACGCUGCACAAAAGCAGCUUAUCGCCUCCCCCGUGCAAGGCGAAAACCCUUCCGGUAGAGGAGCGGCUGUCACCCCGGCUGAGUGCGGAGUCUGAGCAACCUCGUGUCUCCCCGAGACCUUCGGACAGGGUGUCCGGACGUGUGUCGGCCAAGGACGUAUGCCAUCCGGAAGGAAUUAGUUCCUCUAACGAAGUGCUAGCCGGAAAACCCAGAGUCCGCAACGAGUCCGGCAUGCCAAGCCCUAGGGCCAGCGAGAACAUGUACAGGACGACGGUGGCUGAAAUUGACCUCUUCACGACGCUCAGCAUCAUCGAGACCAUGAAGGGGAGGGCGACGGUGCACGACAUCAUCGACGAGUACAUCACCAACAUCGGCAGCUUCUUCUGCAUCAUGGAGUCACUUCCCACGGAGGGCAGGCAUGUCGCGGAAGCCGUGUGUUCUUUAAAGGAGAAGGCUCUACUGAAGGUCACAGCGCUGCUCAAAAAGGUCACCAACAAACUGUCCUCAGGCCAGCUGUCGCGCGCGCUUGCCGUCGAAGCCUUGGUGCAGAGGUUCUUGCAGCGGUGUCGCCGUGACCACUGCGGAACCUCGGCCACGGCGUUGACAUCGGGGGAAGACGUUGUCACAUCAUCUGUGUGGGGAACCUCGUGCACGGUCUCCGCGUUGUGCGAACGGAAUGUUGAGGACGUGAAAGACAGACCAUCCGCAUUUGUUGUUCCGGGUUUCGAAUUCGCUGUCAUACCAAUCCUAGAUGUGCAUUUAAGGAACACAGAGCUGAAGAGGAAAGCUUUGAAGCGCCUCAAGUACGGUUUGAGGCUUAGCGACUUGGUGGGGUUGAAGAGAAAGCGCACGUUGUCAGUAAUUCUGCCUAGCAAAGAGCAAGUCUGCAGAAGGUUUGCACCUAGGAGACCUGGAGGCUGCUUUUCCCGUCAGUCAGCAACCAGGCAGGUCAAGAAGAGCAGUCUCGUGCUGCAGCCUGUGGCUUCUGUUCACCUGCUAACCAAGAGCCUGGCCAGGCUUCUUCCUGCGACAAGUUUCGGGCUUCCUCAAAGCGUUGUGAUUGAGCGUGCACUCUCUUCGUCGUUGACUGGAAUUUCACCCAAUCUAGUCAACCGCAACGUUCCACGGAAUGGACAGUGUUGUUCUUUCAUGUUAGCGCAGUGUCUGACGACACCUGCCGAGACUACGUCGUCGGCGCUGCAAGCCUACCGAGAGCCCGGCACUGCCCGCAACAUCGAGAACAUACUGUCUGCAUUGUCUUUGUUCUUGUCCGGCCAACUAGACAGCUUCACGUCACACGCGCCCCAAGUGGUCUCGCAUUUUGGUGGUGGCGGGUCUGUCGUCGUCCCUUCCAUUCGUCGUCGGUCGUGGAGUGACACGCCACACCCAUCGCGCAACGUACUGCUCGUUGAGGCCACCUCCGAAAGUUCACUAGUCAUCUCAUCGCCGCAGUCAAAUAGCAAGCUUGUGAUUGGACCGGAAUUCGACAGGCAGCUGCUGUCGAGGCUGCUCGACGGACUGAAGUUUACGAUACCAAAGACUCAAGACACCGCCGGUUCCUGGUUGAAUAGUGUCACACGCAGGGCCGCAGCGGCUGACCACGGCAGCAGACGCAUGCUGACGAACUGCGUCGUCACGCGCGACCACAGAUGGCCUGCAAUGGAGGGACUUGGGUCCUCCUCGUGCAAGGCCAUCUUGUCAGUCAAACAAGAGUUGGUAGCCCAACCGAAGCCAUUAACCAGGCUAGAGCUGUUAGCCAAGCGAGAGCUGUUGGUCAAGCCUAAGGCCCCGUUGUCCAGAAGGCUUCUGCAGAAGCGAGGAGUGCUGGCCACGGGUGUCUCCGAGGUGUCACCCGUACAGAAGAGAAGGCGCUUAGCCGGCGGCGCCCCUAUGCCCGGUGUCGUCGCAGAUGUGCACUCUGCGACCACACAGCGUCAACGCUUUGUAAACGCGUGCCUGCCGAGAAAAGAAGUGGGGGAAGUCGUUCCUAAGGACUGCGUAGUCGUGCUGCAUAGGUUAGAGCUGCGGAACGUCGAGGAGACGAUGCUUAAGAAGAGGCGCGGGAGCGGCGGCGCCCGACCCAAGAAGAAACCAAAGUUGUCUCCACUUCCGAAAGCUCCGUCGUGCGUCAAGAGGUAGUCGACGGCUUCUGCUGAGCACCUGUGAAAGAUGUGUUCUAUUGUUGUUUCUUUUCUUCCACCUUGCCCCCCCCCCCAGCCCCGCAACGUCUGCUUCCCCUUCCCCCUUGUGAUUCGUUCAUCUCUGUUGUAAAGAGAGUGUCUUUCUCCCCUGUGCACCUGUUUUGUCGCAAGUGCAGUUUUCCUUUUUCCUCGGCAAUUUGUUCUAUCCCAGUGAAAGAGGCAUUGGACGUUGUUUAGCCGUAUAACACACACACACAAACUUCCGAUUUGUAGCUUAUUUAUGCAAGGAACUGUUUAUUUUUUUCUCUGUUGUAAACAUGUAAUAUAAUUGUUUCCUUCGUGGCAAGGAGACGAUGUAAAUAGUGUACGAUAAUAAAUUUUGUAUAAUUUAAGCAACGUA